CUUCCUUCCCCUUCUCCCCCCCCCCCCCCCCUCCCUACCCCCUCCCUCCGCUGAGCGACUUCCCGCGCGGCGUAUCUUGCCCCCUUCUCCGCACCCAUGUCCCUCGAUACUAGCUGCCCCACUAUCCUGGAGGCAUACCAUGCCGUCCGCAAGGGCGAGCAGGACUGGCUCGUCCUCGGCUACCAGGGCCAGCGUAACAAGAUCUCUGCCCUCGGCACUGGCCGUGGGAUCGAUGCCUUUGUUGAGCAGCUCGGGGCCGAACUCAUCACUUUUGGCUAUGUCACGGCCCCCUCCACCCCAGGGAAGUAUGUCAUGGUCGGCCGCAUCAGCGAGGAGGCUCGCGGCCUCCAGAAGUCCAAGGCCCGCACCCAUCGUCACACCCUGACCGACCUGAUGCCCUUCUUCCACGCGGAGAUGGACAUCGAUGACCCGCUGACCGUGUCCAAGGACUCACUUGAUGAGGCGGUGGAGAACUCCACCAAGCCGGCCCCGGCGCAGGACCUGGACGAGGAGGUCCUCGGUGGUGGUGGUGGCGCUGCCACCGUGGCGGCCCCUGCCCCGGAGGACACCCCGGCGCCGGUGGCUGCCGCCGAGCCGGCCACCGAGAAGCCGGUCGUCGCCGAUGCCGCGCCGGCUGCCACCAAGGAGCCGGAGCCGGAGCCGGAGCCGACUCCUGCCGCUGCGGUGGCCCCGGCCGUCGAGGAGCCCACCACCCCGGCCGGUGUCACCAUUGAGAUCUUCCAGCCGGUGGCCGAUGCCGAGGACGAUUCCGAGGAGGCCCGGCUGGCCGCUCGUGUGCUGGCCCGGAACCAGCGCCGCGCGCGUCUGGCCGAGACCACGGCCGCCCUCAUUGGCGAUGAGCCGGUCGUGGAGGAGGACAAGCCGGCCGUGUCCAUCGACGUGGAGCCGGAGGCCGAGAAGACCCCGGUGGCCGCCGCGUCGCCGGACCUCCAGCCCGAGGCUGCGUCUCCCGUGCAGCAGCAGGAGCCCGAGUCCGAGGCGUCGGCCGCCGCCUCGCCCGUUGCCCAGGAGGAGGCGGCGGCCGUUGCCGCCACCGAUGCCGAGGAGGAGGCCGCUGUCGCCGAGCAGCCCGCCGCCUCGGCCUCUGCUGAUACCUCGGCCGAGGAGGCUGACAGCCACCCCUCCAGCCCGGCCGAUGCCAAGACCCUGAUUUUCUCCGACCCGGAGCUUGGCGAUGUGGAGCUGACGGAGGAGCAGCUGGCCGAACUGAUGGACGACCUGGGCCUCUACGAGCCGCCGUCCGUGACCAAGGCCCCCAAGAUGAAUCUCACCGCGGAGGAGGCCGCCAUGAUGCACGGUGUGCGCAAUGCGUCGGUCGAUCGUGCUGCUGCUGCUGCUGCUGCUACUGCCGGGUCGUCGGCCUCCGCCGGCAGCCCGAAGCUGGCCGAGGCCCAGGCGGCCGCCGAUGAGGCCACCACGGCUGCGCGUGCUGAGAUCGAUCGCAUUGUCACCCUGGUGGAGCAGGACUCGCCGGACAUCCGCGAUCUGAACAUGAACCACGCCGAGCACAUUGACCAGGCUGUCAUGGACCGUCUGGGCGCCGCGCUGGCCACCAACACCCGCGUGAAGACCAUUUCCCUGUGCAAUGUCAACCUGCGCUGCUCCAUGGUCAAGCCUCUGGCCGAGGGUCUGGCCCUGAACAAGCAUGCCGAGGUUCUCAACUUGGAGACCAAUGCCAUCGGUCCUGAGGGGCUGGAGCACAUCGCGGCCAUGCUGGCCGUCAAUGAGAGCCUCACCGAGCUGCGCCUGGUCAACCAGCGCAUUCCGAGCUCUCAGCGGGCGGAGCGCUCCAUGAUCAAGGCCCUGGAGAACAACAAGUUCAUCCAGCGCCUGGGCAUGAACUUCCGCGACAACAACGCCCGUCAGACCUCGGACAAGUAUGUCUUCCGGAACAAGGACCUGGCUCGUCAGCGCCGUGUUGCCGCGGCCAAGGCCGCCGCCGGCAACUAGUGCGCGCAGGUGUCCUGUCUCUUUGUCUCUCCUCCCGCCCACAAAUACACCUUCCCUCCGUGGGGAACGACGCACAUAUGACAGGGGGAGAGAAAGCGCGCGGCGGUGCACAUUUCUCCGCUCUCCUCCGUGUGACAAAAAUGCAGAAUCGUCAACAAUGCAUGCCCCCCUCGAAAAGGGAGGAUGAUGGACAGA